GACGAAUUUUUUUGUCCAUGGAAGGUGGUGGGAGGAGAAAGUUCAAAUUUAGGAGGAUGCGACUCCUUACAUACGGCACAGGGUUGAAUACUGGAGCUUCUAACAUUCAACCAGUGGGCGCACGUGAUGGAAAAUUGGGGCAGAAACGUGCGACUUGGGUGCAGGGUGCAUGGUAAGCAUACGGGGGCGUCCACUCUGGAAUGUCACUCAUAAAAAGGAAAUAAAAGAGAUAGAUGAGGGAUUGAAUAAGGUAACAAAGUCCAGAAAAGCCAAAUGAAAUCUAAUUUGAAGUCCGUCUACCAACCAUCGACGGCAGAGCGGGAGUUGAGAGAGGCCAUCCGUAACCUUAGAGCCGAUCUCAGCCUCAAACUAAGCUCCGGUGGUGCUUAGAUUAAGGAGGAUUAGGGUUCGUAUUGGUUCGCUGUUAGUAGUUCCGGUCGAAGUGGAUGGGCCAAUCAGCUUCUACUUCUGCGAUAUCAUCAGGAUCUAGUCGCCGAGGCAGCAAUCACCCUCAUCGAUCCCGGAGUAAAUCAAUGGUGCAGAUCCCUUCGAUGCAGGUCGAAGAAAACGUUCAGUUUCGGCAGAUCGAUGAAGACUUGGACUACAUCUCCGAUCUGCCCGACGAAUGCUUGGCUUGCAUUUUCCAGUCGCUUGGAUCUGGUGAUCGCAAACAGUGCUCACUCGUCUGCCGGCGAUGGCUCCGGAUUGAGGGGCAGACCCGUCAUCGACUUUCUCUCAAUGCACACUCCGAUCUACUUACCGUCGUUCCUUCUCUAUUCUCUAGGUUUGACGCGGUGACGAAACUCGCUCUCAAAUGUGAUCGGAGAUCUGUUAGCAUUGGCGACGAUGCCCUUAUACUCAUUUCUCUCGGGUGCAGGAAUCUGACUCGUCUCAAACUCCGCGCUUGCCGUGAAUUGACCGAUGCCGGCAUGGGGGUUUUUGCGAAGAAUUGCAAAGGGUUGAAAAAGCUUUCAUGUGGAUCUUGUACCUUUGGAGCCAAGGGCAUGAGCGCAGUCCUAGAUAAUUGCUCUGCUCUCGAAGAGUUAUCCGUGAAGCGCCUCCGAGGAAUCUCCGAUGGAUCGGCUGUGGACCAGAUUGGGCCCGGUGUAGCUGCAUCAUCUCUCAAAACAAUAUGCUUGAAGGAGCAGUAUAAUGGACAGUGUUUCUGGCCGCUUAUUAUCGGCGCCAAGAAUCUACGGACACUAAAACUCUUCAGGUGUUCUGGGGAUUGCGACAACCUUCUCCAGCUUGUUGCUAAUCGAACCACUAGUAUGGUUGAAAUCCAUCUGGAAAGGCUUCAAGUUAGUGAUCUCGGCCUUGUAGCUAUAUCGCAUUUUUUGGAUCUUGAGAUCUUACACCUUGUGAAGACUUCCGAGUGCACGAAUGCAGGACUUGUGUCAGUCGCUGAACGAUGUAAACUUCUGAGGAAGCUUCACAUUGAUGGAUGGAAGGCAAACAGGAUAGGCGAUGAAGGUCUAAGUGCGGUUGCAAAAUGUUGCCCCAAUCUUCAGGAACUUGUUCUUAUUGGUGUCAAUCCCACAAAGUUGAGUUUGGAGAUGCUGGCUGCAAAUUGCCAGAAUCUGGAGCGGUUGGCAUUGUGUGCGAGUGAUACUGUUGGUGAUGCUGAGAUUUCUUGUAUUGCUGCAAAAUGCUUGGCAUUGAAGAAGCUAUGUAUCAAGAGCUGCCCUGUUUCGGAUCAGGGUAUGAGAGCACUUGCAUGCGGAUGCCCUAAUUUGGUGAAGGUGAAGGUUAAGAAGUGCAGGGCAGUGACUUAUGAGGGUGCGGAUGGAUUGAGGGCAAGUAGGGAAUCACUGGCUGUCAAUUUAGACACGGGUGAAACUGAGCAUCAAGAUGCAAGUGCUAGUGAUGGUGGGGCACAGGAAAAUGCAGUUGAAUUGCCUCCCUUGGCCAGUCAAAAUGGAGCUGCUAAUAUUGCUUCGAGCAGUUCUGGUCGAUCAAACUCUCUUAAGGCAAGGUUAGGGCUUCUAACGGGAAGGAAUUUAGUGGCCUCAACUUUGAGAAGGUGGACAAGCAGUAACAGCAGUUCCCGGGGUAAUCAGAGAAGUAACUGAACAGAACUUGGGAAAUGAAAAACACUAUUGAUCUAGUUACAUUAUUUUUUAUUGUAUUUUCUGCUCCUGUCUUUUGUGUAUCUAUCCUUGUGUGUUUUAUUGCCUGAAAUGAACAUCUAGUGUCUGGGGUUGGAUUUUAUCAGUUCCACCCUUUUUCCCC